AUGGAUGGGGUGGACAAAACCUUUGCUGCCCUGCUUGGCCGCCCCCUGAUCACCCACACCCUGGACCGUUUUGAAGAUUUCCCUCCUGUCUCUGAGAUAGUAUUGGUGCUGGCCGAACACUCGGUUGAAGUCGGCGAGUCUCUGGUCAAGCAACGGGGAUACCGAAAAGUCUCCCAGGUGUGCGCCGGCGGGGCCCGCCGCCAGGACUCGGUAAAGGCUGGCUUCGACUGGUUGCAGCCCUGCGACUGGGUAAUGGUCCACGACGGCGCCCGCCCGGGCAUGGACGCAACCCUGUUGAAACGGGGCUUGGACUCAGUCAUUGCCUCUGCGGGCGGUGCCGCCAUCGCGGGGGUGCCGGUCAAGGACACCAUCAAGGUGGUCUCGCCCGACGGUCUAAUAACGGACACCCCGCCCCGGGAAACCCUUUGGGCCGCCCAAACUCCCCAAAUCUUCUCCUAUGAACUCCUUUGCCAGGCCCACCACCAAUUUAGCGGCAACGCCACCGACGAUGCCAUGAUGGUCGAGGCGUUGGGCCAUCAGGUAACAAUGUUCCUCGGCUCCUACGAGAACCUCAAAGUGACCACCCCCGAGGACAUGGCUGUAAUGGAAGCGAUGCUCCGGGGACGUCGAGUUUUGAUACCCGACUUCCGCACCGGCAUUGGCUUUGACUCCCACGCCCUGGGGCCCGACCGCCGCCUAGUCCUUGGCGGGGUGGAGGUUGCCCACGAUAUGGGAUUGGUGGGCCAUAGCGACGGUGACGUCCUGAUUCACGCUAUCAUGGAUGCUUUGUUGGGCGCGGCUAACCUGGGCGACAAAGGCCGGCAUUUCCCCUCCUCGGAGGAUCAGUACAAGGACAUUUCAAGCCUGUUGCUGCUUUCCCAGGUGGGCGAGCAGUUGGCGGCUCACCAUUGGCGCAUAGCUAACGUAGAUGCUACAAUGUUGGCUCAAAGGCCCAGGUUAGGCUCUUAUAUUCUGGAUAUGAAGGUAAAGACUGCCGCCGCACUUUCCAUAUCUGUAGAGCGGUUGAGCAUCAAAGUCACGACUACUGAUUACCUUGGGUUUGUCGGACGGGAAGAAGGUAUCGCCGCAGUGGCGAUAGCCACUAUAUUUCGACCAGAACAGUAA